ACCGUGGUAUAUAUCGUGGUUAGGUUACCACACGGUUUUUCGAAUUGUAUAAACAAAUUAACCACGCAGUUACCUAACCACGCAAAACCGAAAGUUUAACCGUGGUAAUAUUACCUAUGAUGCACCGCGACGUGACGUAAUUUUCCCGAACAAAUGUCAGACGGUAAUAUUUACAAACAAAAUGGCGUCCACCACAAAAGUAAAUAGAGCAAGAAUGUUCAAUCUCCGUGAAACGGAUGUGAUAACAGAAUUUAUGAAGAUCAAUUUACAUUCGUUGAAAGCGAGUCAUGCUCAGGGAGGGCCUGGCGCUUCCCAAAAGGUGUCUAAGGUCUGGGAGAGGCUUACGGAGGAGGUGAAUGCUUGCGGGAACGGCCCCCGAACGAGCAAACAAGUUAAAGAAAAGUGGAGGAAUAUGGUUAAGAACGCUAAGAGUGAAGUUUCUGCAGAGAAGUGCAGUAUGAGGAAAACGGGAGGUGGACCGGCAAGACCUGAGAUGUCGCAGCAAUCUCAGUCUGUGGCAAGCCUGUUCCAGACCUCAGCAUCAUUCCAUGGUGUAUGUUCUGAUGCCGACACCGUCAUCACAAACCAAGACUUUAAUGAUUCAACUUAUGACAUUGUUGAUGACAAUCUUCUUAGCAGUGGCCUUCUAAGCUUGUGCCCGCUUGAGACGUUAACACAAGAUGUUCAAGAUAACAUGAACAUGCCAUCCAUGUCGGUGACAGCAGACGAAACUUUCACACAGCAAAGAGCAAGUUAUCCAGAGGGGUCUGCAACAAAUGCUCCAAGCCGAUUAUUUUUUAAUUUUGUUUUCCUUAUAAAUCUUUAUUAUCACAUCUACCAAAUUCAAUAA